AUGAUGAGCGCUCAGCCUCAACCGCCGAGUAGUAUGAUGUCUCAGGCUCAAGGGUAUCAGCAUCAUCAUCAUCAACCAACUUCAGUGGAAGAGGUCAGAACCCUUUGGAUUGGGGAUUUACAGUAUUGGGUCGACGAACACUACCUUACUACCUGCUUUGCACACACCGGCGAGGUGAUUUCAAUAAAGAUAAUACGUAAUAAGAUCACUGGCCAGCCAGAGGGUUAUGGGUUUGUGGAAUUUGUUUCUCAUGCCGCUGCGGAAAGGGUUCUGCAUGCUUACAAUGGGACACUAAUGCCUGGAAUUGAACAAAAUUUUAGAUUGAACUGGGCUUCGUUUGGUAUUGGGGAAAGACGCCCUGAUGCUGGCCCUGAGCACUCUAUUUUCGUAGGGGAUUUAGCCCCUGAUGUUACAGAUUUUAUGCUGCAAGAAACCUUUCGAACUCAAUAUUCUUCGGUUAGAGGUGCCAAGGUUGUGACUGAUCCGAACACUGGACGCUCAAAGGGAUACGGGUUUGUCAAGUUUGCAGAUGAGGCAGAAAGGAACCGUGCUAUGACAGAAAUGAAUGGUGUUUAUUGCUCAACUAGGCAGAUGCGUAUCAGUGCCGCAACACCAAAGAAAACCACCGGUUUUCAGCAGCAAUAUGGUGCAACAAAAGCAGUAUAUCCUAAUCCAGCAUACACUACGCCAGCAGUUCCCGUGCUUCCAGCAGAUUAUGAUGCAAACAACACUACAAUUUUUGUUGGUAACUUGGAUCCUAACGUCACGGAGGAGGAACUGAAGCAAAGUUUUAUGCAGUUUGGAGAGAUUCCCUAUGUCAAGAUUCCUGUGGGCAAAGGAUGUGGUUUUGUACAGUUUGGGACAAGGGCAUCUGCUGAAGAAGCUAUCCAAAGGAUGCAGGGAAUGAUGAUUGGUCAACAAGUAGUCCGCAUUUCUUGGGGCAGGAGCCCAACAGCUAAACAGGAUGUACCUGGUAGCUUUGCUCAGCAAGUAGAUCCAAGCCAAUGGGCUGCAUAUUAUGGUUAUGGACAAGGCUACGAUGCCUAUGCUUAUGGGGCUACCCAGGAUCCAUCAUUAUAUGCAUACGGUGCAUAUGCUGGUUACGGCCAAUAUCCUCAACAGGUUGAAGGAGUUCAAGAUCUUGCAGCUAUGGGAGGUACUGUCCCCUCCGUGGAACAGAGGGAGGAGUUGGAUGAUCCCUUGGCUACACCUGAUGUUGAUAAGUUAAACGCAGCUUACCUCUCCGUUCAUGGAAGGGCCAUCUUAGGCCAUCCGAUGUGGCUGAGAACAUCAUCCUUUACUCAGCAAGCUUAG